AUGUCAUCCAACACAGAUGUUUCUCUUUCUUCAUAUGAUGAAGGUCAAGGAUCUAAAUUUAUCCGAAAAGCUAAAGAGGCACCAUUUGUCCCUAUUGGAAUGGCGGGUUUUGGAGCCAUCGUUGCAUAUGGAUUAUAUAAAUUGAAGAACAGGGGAGAUACUAAAAUGUCCCUUCACCUGAUCCACAUGCGUGUGGCAGCACAAGGUUUUGUUGUGGCUGCAAUGACUAUUGGUAUGGGCUAUUCCAUGUAUCAGGAAUUCUGGGCAAAUCCAAAACCUAAGCCAUAG